CUCACAGGGAUCGUCCCUGUUGUAUCUGAUGUCCAAGUUGCUGCGAGUAGACCAGUGUGCGUGUAAAUGGCAUAGACAUCAGAUCCUGUAGGCAGGAGUAUUUCGGAUGUGCUUUCCGUCACGGACCCUCCCGAGUUUCAGCAGGCAGGAAGCGCGAGUGUCUCCGGGGUGCGGAAGGUGAUGUGAGCUGGACACGUUCAGUCCCAGCAGCGCCGCGGCUCCUCUACACCCAGCAGCGGGGCGGUAGGUGUGAAACCGAAUGGAGGAUGUCUAGACGUGGAUGUUUCAAGAGUACUAAGCAAGGGGCGUCCACAGAGCAAUGCGAGGCGCCUCAGGGGUCGGGGAUUCAUGUCUACCUGUUCUGGACCAAAGAUGGAGAUAGUUAUCUGACUCACCAGGAUGGUGAAGUGACGGCAGAGGAACUCUUGAUCCGGGCAGCAGAAGUUGUCGGCAUCACACCUGUAUGCCAUGUUCUGUUUGCGCUGUACGACCCGUCAUGCUCCUGUUGGUACAGUCCUAACCACAGAUUCGACCCAAAAAAACAGUCAAGCCUGGUACUUCACUUCCGCAUGAGGUUCUACUUUCGGAACUGGCAUGGACUGAAUGAGGAGCCGAUGGUGUCGCGUUACGCGAGUCAGACAGGGAGCGAGAAUGGAGCUGCGCCUCUGCUGGAGAUCACAUCUCUGGAGUACCUGUUUGCUCAAGCAAAAUGUGAUUUUGUGAAUGAUGUGACAUCACUGGAGGAUGUGUCAGGUGAAGAAGAGAUCAGUGGCUUUAAAAAUGAGAGCUUGGGCAUGGCUGUGCUGCACUUAUCUCACAAGGCUCUGCAGAAUGGCACCUCUCUACAGGAAGUGGCCAAACAGACCAGCUUCCUGCGCUGCAUCCCCCGCUCGUUCUCUCGGCAAAUCACCAGAGACAACUUUCUAACCAAGUUCCGCAUCCGCCGUGUGUUCGCUGACUUUGUGCGCAGCUUCCAGCAGCAUACAGUGGGCCAAGGCAGGCUUGGCUCUCAAGAAGUCAUGUAUAAGUACCUGUCCACGCUGGAGCGUCUGGCUCCCCGCUUUGGCACUGAGACCUUCUCCAUCUUCCACCAUGACUUGAGACCGGGUGGCGAUGGCAGCGGCUCGUAUCUGAACGCCUCGCGAGCACAUGAGCCCCCGGAGGAGAUGACCUGCAGUCAGCCCACACACGAGGUCAUGGUGUCUGGCACCACCGGCAUCCAGUGGAGGAAGAUCCCGGCCCAGAGGGCUCAGGAAAAUAACUAUAUGGGGAAUGACUACUUGAAUAAGAGAAAGCGAGAGAAGCAUGAAGUUACCCAACAGGAAAAUAACACACCAGAAAGCUGGAAGGUGUUCUGCGACUUCCCUGAAAUCUCACACAUUGCCAUAGCAGGAGCAAAUGUCUGCAUCAGCCGGCAAGACAAUUUGGCAAUGGACUUGCGUUUGAAGUCCACUCUUGAGGCACGCUCUCUGGUGUCUCUGCUUGAUGGGUACUUCCGCCUGACAGCAGACGCUCACCACUACCUCUGCCAUGAGGUGGCACCACCCAGAGUGGUCCUGAGUGAGGCCAACGGCCUUCACGGUCCAAUACUUGAUGAGUUUGUGCUGCAGAAGCUGAAGAAGGAACACAUGGAAGAGGGCGCAUACUUAGUGCGCUGGAGCCUUCUGGACUACCGACGUAUCAUACUCGCGGUUCUGAGUAGGACUGAGGAUGGACAGAAUCCUACACAUAAGCAGUUCAGGAUCAUGCAGAAGGGCUCUGUGUUUACGCUAGAGGGCUGGGAUCGAGAGUUCUCUAAUGUGAAGGAGCUCACAGAUAGCCUGAAGACCUUUGUGCUUAAGUCUGGCCAAGACUGCUUCACUGUGAAGAAGUGCUGCCUGCCCAGACCUGCAGAGCUAUCAAACCUCCUAGUAAUGAGAAAGGGCAUGAACUCCAAGCCUAUUUCUGAAACCCUCAACCUGUGCCAACUGAGAUUCCAUCAAAUUAAAGACAAAGAGAUUAUACAGGAGCAGCACUUAGGCCGUGGCACUAGGACCAACAUAUACUCAGGUCGCUUGAUGGUGCGCAGUGGAGUGGAAGAUGAUGAGGAUGAAUGGAACAAUAAUCACACCAAUGAGAAAGGCAUUCGUGUGGUUCUGAAGAUCCUGGAUCAGAGCCACAAGGACAUAGCACUGGCAUUCUUUGAGACUGCUAGCCUCAUGAGUCAGGUGUCUCAUUGUCACCUAGUUUUUGUGCAUGGUGUUUCAGUCAAGGGAUCUGAGAACAUCAUGGUGGAAGAGUUUGUCGAGUUUGGCCCCCUAGAUGUCUUCCUGCACAAAGAGAAGGCUCGUGUAACACCUCAGUGGAAGUUUACGGUGGCAAAACAGCUGGCCAGUGCACUCUGUUAUCUUGAAACGAAACGCUUGGUUCAUGGGAAUGUCUGUGCAAAGAAUAUUCUGGUUGCUCGCAGGGGACUGGAGGAGGGCACGUUUCCGUUUGUGAAGCUGAGUGACCCGGGCAUAGCUCUUACUGCACUCUCACGUGGAGAACGAGUGGAGCGCAUUCCAUGGAUUGCUCCAGAGUGUGUGCUCUGCGGCGCUGUAAUAGGCAGUGCUGCAGAUAAGUGGAGCUUUGGAGCCACACUGCUGGAAAUCUGCAACAACGGAGAUCUGGCCAUGAGCGGCAGCACUUUGCCAGAGAAAGAGCGGUUCUAUGAGACGCAGAGCCGACUGGCAGUCCCCUCAUCUCAGGAGCUGGCCAGCUUCAUCAGCAUGUGUCUGACCUAUGACCCAGCAGCCAGGCCAUCAUUCCGGACCAUUCUACGGGAACUGACAGAAAUACAGAUAAAGAACCCGGACAUUUCUUCUGACUGCGAGGCGCUUCCAGACAGAGAUCCCAGUAUUUUCCUUAAGCGGCACCUGAAGAAGAUCCGAGACCUGGGAGAGGGCCAUUUUGGGAAAGUGAUGCUCUACGUGUAUGACCCUGCUAAUGAUGGCACUGGAGAGUAUGUGGCAGUGAAGACCCUCAAGCAGGAAGGGGGCAAUCACCUCCAUGACUCUUGGAUGAAGGAGAUUGAAAUCCUCAAAUCACUCUACCAUAACAACAUUGUCAAGUAUAAAGGCUGUUGCACUGAACUGGGUGGCCAGGUGGUCCAGCUAAUCAUGGAGUACCUUCCGCUAGGCAGCCUUCGAGAGUACCUGCCCAAACACCGUCUGGGAUUCACACAGAAUCUGCUCUUCGCCCAACAGAUCUGCCAGGGAAUGGAUUACCUGCACUCGAAAAGAUACAUCCAUCGGGAUUUGGCUGCUCGCAAUGUUCUGGUGGAGAAUGAGGGAGUGGUGAAGAUCGGUGACUUUGGCUUGACUAAGUACAUUCCUGAGGGGGAGGUGUAUUACCGGGUUCGGGAGGAUGGCGACAGCCCUGUUUUCUGGUAUGCCAUAGAGUGUCUGAAAGAAAGCAAGUUUUCCUUUUCUUCUGAUGUCUGGUCUUUUGGUGUUACACUGUAUGAGAUCCUGACACGCUGCGACCAUCGUCAAAGUCCACCUGCGAAAUAUGUCGAGAUGAUGGGGAUGGUACAAGGUCAGAUGACUGUGAUGAAACUGAUUAGCCUCUUGGAGAAACACAGGCGGCUGCCAUGCCCUCGAGACUGUCCACAUGAGGUGUAUAUGUUGAUGGAGCAGUGCUGGGACUUCACACCAGCGCAGCGUCCAACAUUCAAGUCCCUGGCAGAGUCUUUGGAGGAAAUUCGCCGUACGUACGAGGAACCUGCUGUGCGACUUGCUCAGAUUAACCAUCACUGACCACGUUUACAAUAUAUACCACUUCCUGAUGAUGUGAUCCCAUUGACAGCAUUGGUUGUAAAACAGAUGUUGCUUCAUUGUUAUAGUAACAAUCGAUCCACUCUGCUCCUCAAGUGCUCUUUGUUGGUACCUUUAUGUUAAAGACUUAUUAACUAAAGUAAAUACAGUGAUGAGACUUUAUUUCUUGGUGUGACUAAGUGUAUUGUAAAUAGAUGUUUUGCUGGUAUUUUACAAUUUUAUUUCAUUAUUUCACUGCUCUGCCUUAAACAUAUACAGUACAUACAGAAUGUAUUUUUCUUCUAUUUUUAUUAAUUUGUUGUCCCUCCCCUUUGUUUUUUGAUUAGAAAUUAAAUAUCUAACAAAUGUAAACCAAAGUCAGUAACAUGUUCUGAAAGGGCUUAAUAGUUCAGUCUGUUUUGCCAAUCUGCACCUUAUUAGUUAGGAACUCAAAGUUUUGUGAAAUUUUCAACUAUCCCUGAAUAUUUUUUUAAUUGUAUUUAUUUUCCUCUUUUAUAAAAUGAGUAAUUCUAUCCUUAAUACUCAAAGGACUGCAGCAUUAUAUCGAAUGCUCAGAGAUUCACUGAUGAAUGAGAAUGUAAUUUUGGAUGGCUGGAUGAAUGGAUGGAUACAGGGCUCGCGUGUUCACACCAACAAUGGCUUUAAUAAAAUGUGUGUUUCAGACCAUUCAAAACUU